AAAUCGAGAUUAUUUUGGUAUCGCUAUCGACUUUGUCGUUUCCAUUGUUCAAGUCUGCUAAAUUGAAACGUAGCAGCGAACUUAAUUUUAAGCAAGAAACUGUUAUAGUCGGGAAGCAUUUAAUAAAAAAGUGCAUGGGCUUUUGCAGUACAACACAGCGUGAAUGAAAUAUUUCUGAAAGAUGCUACAUGUGAUGAGCCUUAGGCUUGCCUGAUUUGACUCUGUUUUAAAAGUACGUGUGGAAAAAAUUAAAAAAUAAAAUGGGGCAGUUUCCUACAACCGUUGCCUAUUAGAUGUAAAUGCAUUUAUGCACCAUCUAAAUUAUUUAUUAAAUAAAGUAUAGUUACUAUGAAUUAUGACAACUUUUGUACUUAAUCUAAUUAUUAUUGAAUGGCGUUAACGGACUGCAUCGGUAAAACACGUGCUUAGAAUUAAAAUAGAGAAAAAUGACUGACGCUUAGAACCGCAGUUAAAAAUACAACACAAAUAGAUCAUUUGCAUUAUCCAGAAAUUAAAAUGUUGAAACACGCGUUGAGGACCGCUGUGGAGCUGGAUAGGUUGCCUCCGGAGAAGAGGGUGUCGAUAGCCGGUGUCAAUUUGAGGAGGAGGAGUUCCGUCUAUAACGCACAAGUGAUGAAGAAGCAGUUGAGGAGGAGCAGCUCCCUGUCUUGGCCCAAUUCCCGGUCUUCCUAUGAAUGCGACGAGAUUGAUUAUCCUGACAUAGAACAGAACAGAAGAGUACAAAAUUCUCCACUAAUGGAUCAUUCUCAGCAUCGCAGCAUCAACAUAAUGUUUGAGGAUGCGUAUGGUCAAAACAUUCCACGUCAGAGCCUAUACCACAAGUGCAGCAGGGGUUCUCACUCUUCGGACACCAGCUCCGCAUACAGCGGCUCCGACACCAUGGCCUCCACCCACUCGGAACUCGACGGCGACGAGCUCGACCUCACUGGGCUUGUCGAGAGCAUAGUUGACAGCGACGAGGAGGACGACCUGGUAGAGAGCAUGGAUAGUUUGACGGUGAGGGAUCGUGUCAGGGACUGCCUUGAGAAGGAACCCACGGAGCGUACGGAAGAUGACAUUGAGGCACUGUUGGAGUUCACUCAGCAUUUAAAGGCUUUUACCAACAUGACUCUAGCCGUAAGAAGAGCUCUAUGUUCUGUGAUGGUCUUUGCCGUGGUAGAAAAGGCCGGCACCAUAGUUAUGAAUGAUGGAGAAGAAUUAGACUCCUGGUCGGUCCUGGUCAAUGGCUGUGUAGAAGUGGUCAUACCCGGCGAAGAAAAUCAGACCCUCACGAUGGGAGACGCCUUUGGCAUACUCCCGACAAUGGACAAACUUUACCACAAAGGUAUUAUGAUAACCAAAUGUGAUGACUGCCAGUUCGUGUGCAUAACACAAUCGGAUUAUUACAGGAUAUUACACCAAGGUGAAGAAAAUACUCGGAGGCACGAGGUUGAAGGCAAACUGGUGAUGGUGACAGAACUCAGGGGUUCCAUGGAGCCUAGCAGCAACCGGAGGGGUCACGUGGUGAUCCGCGCAACUCCCGAACGACUCAUGCUUCAGCUUAUUGAAGAAAACUCCCUCACAGACCCCACAUACGUGGAAGACUUUUUAUUGACGCAUCGCGUGUUCAUUCACAGUCCACUGCAUGUGGCCAACCAGCUUCUAGAUUGGUUUAAAGACCCCGAAGUUCGUGAUAGAGUGACGAGGGUGGUCCUCCUGUGGGUUAACAACCACUUCACGGACUUCGAAACGGACCCAGACAUGAUAGAGUUCCUGGAGACAUUCGAACAGGGUCUUGAGAAGGAGAACAUGGGCGGUCAGUUAAGACUCUUGAACAUAGCCUGUGCCGCCAAAGCUCGGAUACGAAACGUAGUGUUAGCUAGACCGAACCGAGAGGAGCCUCUGAAUUUCCAAAUUCUUGGCGGUUUCGAGAGAAACUUUGGUAUAUUCAUCUCUAAAGUGGACAAAAAGUCCAAAGCGGAAGACGUGGGAUUGAAGAGGGGCGAUCAGAUCCUGGAAGUGAACGGACAAAGCUUCGAGCACGUGUCCCACGCUCGAGCUUUGGAGAUCCUGCGGGGCACCACCCAUCUCAGCAUAACGGUUAAAUCUAACCUAUUGCACUUCAAGGAGAUGCUGAAUACCCCCGACAACUCCCCGAGACCGAGAAGUAGGAAAGUGUCGGAAAUCUCGAAGCUCCAACCGGACCCUAGGGCCAGGCUGUCUAGCGUCGAUGGAAAUAUAAUCCUCGGUCAUGACACUCCCGCUUCUCAACCUGUCACCAUAAACAGUCCCGCGAAAGAGAGGAAGAAACAAAGCUUUAUGACCCUCGGAACGAAAGGAAGGCUACACAAGGCCUUGAUGGUUUUAAAUAUCUUGCCUAAGAAUAUCAUUAAUUUUUCCAGUGUCGGAAUUAGUCACGACCAAGUCGACAGCUUUAACCCACCCUCCAAUUUAGGUACAAAUCUUUAUCAGUCUCAAAGCAAUCCGGAUCUGAUGUCGAUUUGCUACGAUGACCUGAGAUGCACGGAUUAUCCCGAGCACGUAUUAAAGGUUUACAAACCCGACCAGAGCUACAAAUACCUACUGGUGCACAAAGAAACUACCGCCCACGAGGUCGUCAUGCUGGCCCUGCAAGAGUUCGGCAUGACCGACCCCAGCAGCAACUUCAGCCUCUGCGAGGUCUCCGUAACGGACACGCAAACCAUAAAGCAGAGACGGCUGCCCGACCAGCUGCAGAACUUAGCCGAGAGGAUAGGCCUGAGCAGCCGGUACUACCUAAAGACGAACGGAGUUACGGAGACGCUGGUACCCGACGAACUAGCUCCCGAGUUGGUGAGGGAGAGCGCAGUGCAUUUCUUGCAACUAAACGCCGUCGAAGUUGCCAUUCAACUGACGCUUCAGGACUUCAGUAUUUUCAGGCAGAUCGAGCCAACGGAGUACAUCGAUGAUCUCUUUGAAAUUAAAUCGAAGUACGGAACGCCUAUGCUGGAACAGUUCGCCUCCCUCGUCAAUAAGGAAAUGUUCUGGGUCGUUAGCGAAGUCUGCUCGGAGCACAAUCCGGUGCGGAGGAUGAAAAUCAUCAAGCAGUUCAUCAAAGUUGCCAGGCAAUGCAAGGAGUGUAAAAACUUUAACUCGAUGUUUGCAAUUAUAAGCGGUUUGGGACACGGUGCGGUGUCCCGAUUGAGGCAAAGUUGGGACAAGUUGCCAGGCAAAUAUCAAAGAGUGUUCUCAGAGCUGCAGCAGCUUAUGGAUCCGUCCAGAAAUAUGAGCAAGUACCGUCAAUUAAUAAGUGCUGAACAAACACAACCCCCAAUUAUACCUUUUUAUCCGGUGGUGAAGAAAGACUUAACGUUCAUUCACCUCGGCAACGAUUCGCAAGUCGAAGGCCUAGUUAAUUUCGAGAAACUACGUAUGAUCGCCAAGGAAGUCAGAUCUCUCAGCAACAUGUGCAGCAGCCCCUACGAUCUACUCACCAUGCUCGAAUUGGGCGGUCAGCCUCCCAGCAAUGCCAUGGUUGCGCUCAACCAGCUUACCACGGCUUCAUCUCAGUACCAUGCGCAAGGUGAGUCGAAAAAACUUUUAUUUGUGGCUCUUGACAUUUCAACGUAUAAUUUUUGCAUCUUAGGACAAGCGACUGUGAAGAGGCGAAAAAAGUCCACGGCCGCCCCAAACCCUAAGAAGAUGUUCGAGGAGUCGCAGAUGGUUAGGCGUGUUAAGGCCUACUUAAACAACCUUCAGGUGGAAACGGACGAGGCCAAACUACACGAGAUGUCGCUGGAAUGCGAGGGCGCAGCUACGGGGGGCGCCUCGGGUCCGGGAACUCAGAGAUCCAAGAGGCACGCCUCACCGGCACCCUCUACUACCAGCAGUACGAGUAGUGCGAGCGACGAACGGAAACCCACCGCUAAGUUUGGUUCGGCCUCGCCUCAAGCAGUAAGAAAAUUGUUGGCGUUGUCGGAGCCCGGCAAAACUCGGCCUCACCAACCUAGAGCGCCCCCUGGUCAUUCGAUAAAUGCCAAUCAGGCUAGUCCGGCUGUCAGAAGAGCCCCAAGUGCUACAGGUAGUUAUUCCAGUUACGGUUCUCAUAGUUCGAGUAGUUCAGGUGCGGGAGGUAGGGCGAUGCACGAGAGGUCGCAUUCCGACACCCCCACCCCUUUGCCCUCGGUGGCUUUGUCGGCCGAAAGCAGUAGCGUGACGUCGCUUAGUAAUUUGCCAUUGAGAAAAACGCUUACUUCGGGUUCUGUAACUUCCUCAGACUCGGGUCAUAGCACCAUCAGUCAGGUGACGAACAGUUCCACCGACUGCCACCCUUACCAGCAGAGGUGUCCGAGCCCCCCGAGACACCCACCGCCUCUGCCAGGCUGGUAUCCUAUACGUACUGGUGCUAUGCCUCCUUGCCCACAAGCUGUCGCCGUUUUACCUCCCUUACCUCAUGCUUUGCGUAAUACCAACGGCCCAGGUAGAAGGCAGCCACCCGCCUAUAGCGUGGCAGCUCAGAUGGCCCGGUUGCACCGAUUAGGCAGGGCGCACUCCCACGAAGGUGUUACGCAAGGUUACCACUAUCACACAGAUCCUGACACAGAUCAGGAUGAUGAGGAGACCCAAGUCUCAGCAGUGUGAAUAUGUUUGCACCGCCCAGUGAUCUAUAAUAAUAUUUAAAGAGAAAAAAAUAUUUAUUUCGGUGUCUGCAUAUCAUCUCAAAUCUAAUACUCAUAGAUCUGUGUGUUACGAUUACCUAUAUGUACACGGUUUGUGCAAAAAUUAGGGGUACUGAGGCGAGGGCAGUACCGUCGUUCUUAAAAACGUACUUCAGUGGACCUGGUAGCCACGGUAGUACCGUCGCCUCCGUGACAAGUACCUGAUUAUUAUUAUUUGUGAUACAAGAUCUUCUGUUACAAACUUUAGUUAGAUUUAUUUUAUUUAUAAUAGGGAAAAUAUGAAAUACACGCUGUAUAUAAGA